GAAGCAAGAAGAAAAAAAUUGUACGCAUCGUAUGCGAAAAUUGUGCUAUUACGUGAUAGAAAUUUUCGAAUUGCGAUUCGAAGUGCAAUUUGCAGCGCCACAGAGUAACGGAAAUUUGCAUCGGGGAAGCGUGCAGGCCAAUUAGACGCUAUCGUGAAAGUUUUAGGUAAUCGGCAAAGUCCAGAGAGUCUCAAAAUGCAUGCCAACAAUGUAAAAUCACGUCAAAUGGCCGCCCCAUUGCACAUUCAGCGUCUGGAGGCAGCGCUAAAUAUGCGUCCGUUCAUGGCCAUGGCACGAGAAGUGCUGAAGCAGCCACUGAGCAGCGCCGAGGAGGAGGAGGAACCGGAACGAAUACCCACGGAGGCCGGCGGUGUUCCCGAGGAUGCCGCUACUGGCGACACAGACAACUCCUCCACAGUGGGCGUUGUAAAAGUUAAGAACAAAAAACGACGCCGUCAACUGCUGGGCACUAAAGAGGAACGGCAGAGCGUCAAGACGCAGCUUUAUAACUUCAAUGAUUUGACCAGUGAUCGGGAAUGGCUUUAUGAUUUGCUCUUAAGUGACACAGACAGCGAAACGGAUUUGAGCGACGAGGAUGCGUAUGUGCAGCAGCUGCUGCGGGAACACAUGCGGGACCAGCGGCAGCGCAAGAAUUACUACAAAAAAGCAACGAAUGCGCAAUAUGCGUACUAUUCUGGCGGAUUGCUGUCAAAUCAUGAUAUUUUCGCUGAACGCCAGCAAGCUACGGCGGGCGUCCGUAAACGGAGACGUCGCACCAAGCAAGAAAUAUUGUUGGCACGCCUGGCAGAGGCGCAGGCGGGCCCCAAGCCGCCCAAGCAGCGACGAAGGGGGCGCAAAAAGCGCACUUUGCUCGAUUCACCGGAAUCGGGAGAAGUGCCACCCUCAGAGCUUGGCAAAUAUACGUUUGGGGAUACACUGCCCGGCAAUGAUGAGGACGACGAGUUCGGUGACAUUGAUGGCGAGGUUGAUUAUAAUCGUGAACUUGCCGACUAUCCCGAAGAGGAGGAGGAGGUCGAAGAGGAGGUGGAUGUGGUGGGCGGCCCCGAUGGUCAGGUGACGCGUGUGCGUCGCAAGCGAAAGAAUCCGGCGGCCUUGGCUGCUCGCCGACGUCGCAUUUGGCAAAUCAUGUCGAAGAAGGAGUCAGGUCGAUUGCAGCGUAUCAAGAGCACAAAUCACAAAGAGAUGCUGGCUAAUUGCAAGCGUGUGGCUGGCAUGUGCGCCAAGGUGGUGCGUCAACGCGCCAUCAACUCACAGCGCACUAUGAAGGAGACAGUAUGGCGGGCAAAGCGACUGACACGUGAAAUGCUGACCUAUUGGAAGCGCUACGAGCGUGUGGAACGUGAUCAACGUAGAAAGCAGGAACGCGAAGCAGAGGAGCAACGCAAACAGGAUGUGGAGCUCAUCGAGGUGAAGCGACAGCAGCGAAAACUCAACUUCCUUAUCACUCAGACCGAGCUCUAUGCUCAUUUUAUGUCUAAGAAAUUGGGUCAAGGCACGGAGGCGGAUCAAUUACGCAUUCUAAAUCAGUUGGAUGAGGAGCAGAAUCCUCGCUUGGCUGCCUACGAUGACUACGAUGCGGACGAGAUGAAACAGUUGGCGCAGGCUAAUGCCCAAGCUGCUCUGCAAAUGGAUUUGGAUAAGGCGAAAGCUUUCGAUGUACCUGUAAAACGGGAAGAGAUUAUAAAAGAGGAGCCACAAGUCAAGGAUUUACCACAACCGAAGCUCUUUAAAGGCACACUCAAAGGAUAUCAGAUUAAGGGCAUGACUUGGCUAGCCAAUAUCUAUGAUCAGGGAAUUAGCGGCAUAUUGGCCGAUGAAAUGGGUCUGGGCAAGACAGUCCAAUCGAUUGCCUUCCUCUGUCACAUCGCCGAGCACUAUGGCGUCUGGGGACCCUUUCUAAUCAUCUCACCCGCCUCCACACUGCACAAUUGGCAACAGGAAAUGGCGCGUUUUGUGCCCGACUUCAAUGUGGUACCCUAUUGGGGUUCGCCGAAUGAGCGCAAAAUAUUGCGUCAAUUCUGGGAGCAAAAACAUCUGCAUACACGCGAGGCCAGUUUCCAUGUGGUUAUCACUUCAUAUCAACUAAUUGUCUCGGACUACAAGUACUUCAACCGCAUCAAAUGGCAAUAUAUGGUGUUGGAUGAGGCGCAGGCCAUUAAAAGUGCCGCCUCACAGCGCUGGAAACUCCUGCUGGGCUUCAAUUGUCGCAAUCGCCUUCUGCUAAGCGGCACUCCCAUACAAAAUAGCAUGGCAGAGUUGUGGGCUCUGCUCCAUUUCAUAAUGCCCACGCUCUUCGAUUCGCAUGACGAGUUCAAUGAGUGGUUCUCCAAGGAUAUUGAAUCGCAUGCCGAGAACAAGACUGGCAUUGACGAACUGCAAAUUUCUCGCCUGCAUAUGAUACUGAAACCCUUCAUGUUGCGUCGCAUCAAGAAAGAUGUGGAGAACGAGCUGUCUGACAAAAUUGAGAUCAUGGUCUACUGUCCACUCACAAUACGCCAGAAACUGCUGUAUAUGGCAUUGAAGCAGAAGAUACGCAUCGAGGAUCUGCUGCAGUUGGCCAGCAAUGGAGGCGGUGGCACCUCAGCCGCUGAUGGAUCACAUGUCGAUCGCAAUUUCACCUCAAAUCUGAUGAAUUUGGUUAUGCAGUUUCGCAAGGUUUGUAACCAUCCGGAGCUGUUCGAGAGACGGGAUGCCAAAAGUCCAUUUAGCAUGCGUUGUGCAGAGUAUGUUUUACCCCGUCUGGUCUUCAAUGAUGGCCUGCUUCAGCAUGCGUUGCCUAGCAAGCGACAUUUGCUAUACAAUCGGUUCAACAUCUUUAAAUCGGCCCACAUACAACAGUCCCUGUUUGGUGGCAGCUAUGAGGACAGAAAUGUUAACAGCUGCUUUAGUUUUACGCGAUUUUGUGACUUGUCUCUUGCCGAUAUGGAAGAUGUCACGUUGAAUGGCUUAAUUACAUUUUUGCUGCAUUAUCGACGAGUUCUGGUAAAAUACGCGUUGCUUGCCUAUCGUCGCCAAUGGUGGGCUUUCCAACAUAACUCCCGUUUUCAACUGCUGGAGCCCACAUUGGAACGCACACUGAUGACGGAUUAUUUGGCUAGUCACAGCGACUUGCGGCCUUUUAUUUUUACAGCAAUGACCGCUAAUGAGAGCAGUGUUUAUGCCUUUGGGGACUAUCUCACUGUCAAUAUGCAGGAGACCAUUGAACACCGCGUUAUACGCUCCAAAAUACUCAAGCAAAAGACCAAACUGAUUCAGGAAAUGGGGAAGGACGAGCAACAAGCGCAACAGAGUGAAGAUUCCAUUAAACAGGAAUUGGAAAUUGAAUCUGUGGAGGUUCAAACGAAAUCCAACACCAAGAGUGAUGUUAAAGUCACAACUCUGCAUUUAUUACCCGAGUUUCCGCAUCGACCACGUAAACCUCGACGUUACGAGUGCGAGCCAUUACAAAUGCCACGAUUUCUCUAUGGUCUGGGACAGCGUGUGCAGGCUGUGCAGCGUCAUCUCUACUGUGAAAGUCGCGCCGCUGCUUGGACACAAUUACGUCAUCUACAAUGCGAAAAUAGUUUGGGACGAGAGCUGGUUACCACCGGAUUGACUCUAUGCAAGCCCCGCAGCGGUUGGUCAUCGAUUGUAGUGCCGGAUAAGGAGACGUUAAUCACGGAUGCAGGCAAACUGUUCGUCUUAGAUAGUCUGCUGACGCGUCUUAAAGCGGAGGGACAUCGUGUACUGAUCUAUUCGCAAAUGACCAAAAUGAUUGAUUUGCUGGAGGAGUAUAUGUGGCAUCGCAAACAUCGCUAUAUGCGUCUGGAUGGCUCGAGCAAAAUAUCAGCGCGUCGCGAUAUGGUUGCCGAUUUUCAAACGCGUGCCGAUAUCUUUGUGUUUCUUUUAUCAACGCGUGCCGGUGGUCUGGGCAUUAAUUUGACCGCAGCCGAUACGGUCAUUUUCUAUGAUUCCGACUGGAAUCCCACUGUCGAUCAGCAGGCCAUGGACCGGGCACAUCGCUUGGGCCAAACCAAACAGGUGACAGUCUAUCGUUUGAUCUGCAAGGGGACCAUUGAGGAGCGCAUUUUGCAGCGUGCGCGCGAAAAGAGCGAGAUACAACGCAUGGUCAUAAGUGGCGGCAAUUUCAAACCCGAUACGCUAAAACCCAAAGAAGUCGUCUCACUGCUGCUGGAUGAUGAGGAAAUCGAAAUGAAAUAUCGCCAGGAAGCUAAGCUGCAAUGCAAGCGGGAGCCUUCAAAUUCAGCCUCACCUGUGAUGACAGCCACAACAACAACAACUGGCAGUGAACGCAAGCGGCGUAAUCCAAAUAAGGAAACCAAACCGGGCGGCAUCACCAUACCAGCAACAGUUAAUGCGGCCGAGGACGAUGUGGCCAGUUGUAGUUCGAAUGCCAAGCGAAUCAAACAGGAACUAGACGAGGACUCGAUAGAUGUGGGCAUUACCUCAUCCACAUCGAGCAUCGGAACAGAUAGCAAUAAUCAAGCGACUAGCCAAGAGACUUAUGUGCCGGGCGCGACUUGUGUGCAACAGACCGAAGAUUCCGAUAACGAGGCUUUGGUGGUGGAUGGCGAGAGUCCAGAAUCAAUGAACUUCCUCAACGAUUUUAGCAGCUUUUCGCCAGCCCGGCGACGCCAUCAUCCGCGCGGCACGAAACGCGGCCGACCACGUGGCAGCACCAGACGCGGAGGUGGGCAUGGAUCGCUGCAGCGUGUCCUGACGCCGACCUCCACAGGAACCUCGCCGUUGCCGCAGUCGGAAGUUGAGGGCGCUACACAAAUGCCAGCCAACGAAGAAGAUGUAACUGCCGUACUGCUAGCCCAGCCCAGUGUCACAGCUCUGACAAGUUCUGCGGUCAAGCGUGGACCUGGACGACCGCGUUCGAAGACUGCAAUGCCCGUGAGUCGUGGGACACGUGGUGCUCCGCGCGCUCGUCGCCCAAUGGGUCCCCUGCUGGUGCCGAUUGGUUGCAGUCCGGACGCCACGCCCCCCGGAAGCAGUCCGGCCACUAGUCGGGCGCCCAGUCCUGCAACUCUCAUGGAGAGAAAUGCUGCCAACUUUGGAGAUACCUAAACCUAAAAUACUCGAGAUCUGAACACUUUCAACGCAAUUCCACAAUAAACACAAUUGAAAUGUUAAUCAGUGUUGGGACUAUCAGAACCAAAUGUAGUUUUUUAAAUUAACAAAAAGAAGAGAUACACGUCAUUAAAUGUAGAAAUGUUAAAUCGAUAGCAUUUUUUAAUAUUUUAAGCUAAGCUGUAAUAAAAUGAUUUUAGAAGCAAAUUGCGGAUAUGAUAAUAAAAGACAAUUUUAGCACAAAA